AUAACCUUCAUGUCCGACGUCGAACAGCAAAUCAAGAGCGUACAAGCCGCAGUGGGUAACUCUGAUCCAUGGGUCUCUGGCACAAUCCAGGUUCCUCCUGAUACUCUCGACCUAUACUAUCUUGAUAAAUCCAGUCUCCCGCAACCCCAACUCCUGAAAUUAACACCGGCCGCCAAGGUUGAUGACCUCAACAAACUAUCCAUGUGCUGCGAUAGAGCCACCUUCGGACGUGCCAAAGAAGAGUUGUUGGACGAAUCCUAUCGAAAAGCGGGGAAAAUGGACGUCGAGCGGUUCUCCUCCAAACUCGACUCGAAUGUCAUUCGCCUUUUACCCGGCAUUCUAUUCCAUCUCUUGAAGGGAGAGGAUUUAGACAGGAAGGUUGACGCCGAGUUGUACAAGCUGAACGUUUACGAUACAGGAUGCUUCUUUCGUGUACACAAGGAUACUCCUCGAGGCGAACGCAUGUUUGGCUCCCUGGUCAUAGUCUUUCCAACCCCUCACACCGGUGGCCAACUUGUUCUUCGUCACGACGACAAAGAGCACAACUUUGACUCUGGCACCGUUCUAUCCAACUCUCCUUCUCCCAACGACACCAUCGCGUACAUUGCCUUCUUCUCCGACGUCGAACACGAAGUAUUGCCCGUCACCUCUGGUCAUCGCAUUACGUUAACCUACAACCUCUACUUCUCCAAAUCGACCGCUCAAGUUCCUGAUUCCCUUCUUGCACCACACACGAACUUCAAAUUGAGAGACACGAUUUCUGCUCUACUUGACAAUCCUCAGUUCCUUCCUAAAGGUGGCCUACUUGGAUUGGCGCUAUCCCACUCUUACGCUGUUAAUCCUGGAAGCGGAGGAAGUCUCAAUGGGAUUCUCCAGGUCCUCAAAGGCGAAGAUGCCGUUAUACGCUCAGCAUGUGAAGACCUUGGCCUCGGUCUGUCCAUCCAGAGCGUUUUUGGGAAUCAGGUCUUACUCAAUCACGCUAUCGAUUUAUCAAGUUAUGGUCAAAUAGAGGAAUCGCCGAUCGCUCUUCUUCUGAGAGAAGAAGGGGGAACGCUUAUCCAUCUUUACAACGGCGAACCUGAUUGGGAAUAUCAUCGAGAGGAAGGUGGUGACCGUUCGAAAGCAAUAGCUUGGAUUAAGGGUUUGAGUGAGAGUAAGGCAGGAUAUCAGUCGCCGUUUAUUUCUUAUGGGAACGAGGCGAAUUUGGAGUUGGAGUAUAUACACUUGACUUUGGUUGCUGCUUUUGGGCCUGUGGGCGAUAGGAAAAACUGGUCGGCUUACAAAGGUGAAGAGCUGCUAUAAAUAUUACUCUACCUCAUUAGCAUAGACGUCAUCAUUGUGUACUACUUCGAACUGACUUGAGUGGUCGUAUUCAGAAUAACUAUCACCGGCCA